AUCGGAUGAAAAUUCGCGCAAAACGCUCGCCUCAGCCCGUGCCGCAAUAACCGCCAUGUCGAACUGUGUGGGCUUUUCUCUUGCCGAGUGGUUAAUUUACUCGCGCUGGCCGUUUUUAUAGCGACGUGUGCGCGAGCUGGCUCCACGACCCGCGGCGGCGAGUGGUGUCACCUGAAGGCGACGCUCAUCAGGUCCGGCGACGGCUGGCGUUUGCCCUUUCGCCUGAUUAUUCCCACCAAAGCGACCGCACCGUGUUUCCUUGGCAACUCUCCGCCAGCUCUCGCUACGCUCACAACAGGUUGAGCGGCGGCGCAUGCGAGCAGCCGCCGGUGUGCCCUUGCAUGGCUGAGGACAGCGGCCAGUCAUGGGCUUUGCGUGCUGGGCUCGGGAGGUCCGCCAAGUCCGAGUACGACAAGCUGCGUGAUGGCAUCGUCUCCAUCGACGGCAGCCUGUCCGAAAUGCUGCCGGACGCCGACCGGCGCCGAUCUUCGACGGCUUCCAGGAUCAAGAGCAAUGUCACGCGUUUCUUCCGCGGACCCACAGAGACGGAGAGGCGCAUUCGGGCUAACAAUCCCGAAUACAACAGCCAGUUUAAUUAUGCUAACAACUACAUCAAGACAUCCAAGUACUCCCUCCUGACGUUCCUGCCACGAAACCUGUUUGAGCAGUUUCAGCGGCUCGCCAACUUCUACUUCCUAUGUCUCCUUGUCUUGCAAAUGAUCCCGCAGAUCUCCUCCCUAACUCCAUGGACCACCGCCGUGCCUUUAGUUGUGGUGCUGUCCCUGACAGCUCUCAAAGAUGCCAUCGACGAUAUUCAACGCCAUCAGAGUGACAACCAGGUCAACAACAGACUGUCCAAGGUGCUUCGCAAUGGCCAGCUCAUGGAGGAACGUUGGCACAAAGUCCAAGUGGGCGACAUCAUCUUUAUGGAGAACGACCACUUCGUGGCUGCCGACUUACUGCUGCUGUCUACUAGUGAGCCAAAUGGCCUAUGUUACAUCGAAACGGCAGAACUUGAUGGUGAAACUAACCUCAAGUGCCGCCAGGCCACUCCAGACACAGCUGAGAUGAGCAAUGACAACCAGCUCUUGGGGAGGUUUGAUGGGGAGAUUAUCUGUGAGGCACCGAACAACAACCUGAGUCGCUUUGAGGGCACCCUGUUCUGGCAGGGUCAGACGUACCCGCUGGACAAUGACAAGCUGCUACUGAGGGGCUGUGUGCUGCGGAACACCCACUGGUGCUACGGGGUUGUGGUGUUUGCAGGCCGGGACACCAAACUCAUGCAGAACAGUGGCAAGACCAUCUUCAAGCGCACCUCUCUCGACAGGCUCCUCAACGUUCUCAUUCUUGGUAUUGUGUUCUUCCUGUUCAGCAUCUGCCUGUUCUGCACCAUAGCAUGUGGUGUGUGGGAGACAGUGACAGGCCAGUUCUUCCGCGUCUACCUUCCUUGGGACAAGGUCAUCCGCUCCGACAACACUGUGGCCGGCGCCACUGCCAUUGCUGUGCUUGUUUUCUUCUCCUAUGCCAUUGUACUCAACACCGUCGUGCCCAUCUCCCUCUACGUCAGUGUGGAAGUGAUUCGCUUCUGCCACAGCUUAUGGAUAAACUGGGAUGAAAAGAUGUACUAUGCACCAAAAGACGCUCCAGCACGAGCACGCACCACAACGUUGAAUGAGGAGUUGGGACAGAUUGAGUACAUUUUCUCAGACAAGACAGGCACCUUGACGCAGAACAUCAUGGCAUUCAUUAAGGCAUCCAUCAAUGGCCGUCUCUAUGGAGACGUCCUCGACCCAGCUACAGGAGAAGCUGUGGAAAUCAAUGAGAACCUGAAGACUGUAGACUUCUCGGAGAAUGCAGAGCAUGAGCCAGGCUUUCGGUUUUACGACCCAUCACUGCUGAAGGAUGUGAUGGCUGGAGACACUGAUGCUCGGGAAUAUUUUCGUUUGUUGGCUUUGUGCCACACUGUUAUGUCCGAGGAGAAGGAUGGCCGCCUUGAAUACCAGGCGCAGUCACCGGAUGAGGCUGCACUCACAUCAGCAGCUCGAAACUUCGGAUUUGUCUUCAAGAAUCGAACACCGAAAAGCAUUACCAUCGAGGUUUGGGGCCAGGAAGAAGUCUAUGAGCUCUUCGGUAUCUUGGAUUUCAACAAUGUUAGAAAAAGAAUGUCGGUGAUCGUUAAGAGAAAUGGUGUUCUCAAGCUAUACUGCAAGGGUGCCGACUCGGUCAUUUUUGAGCGCCUUCACCCAAGCAGUGAGCCUCUCAAAAUCAAAACUUCUGAACAUCUGAAUAAAUAUGCUGGUGAAGGGUUGCGGACACUGUGCCUGGCCUAUAAGGACCUGGAUGAAGCAUAUUUUCAGGAGUGGAGUGAGAGACAUCAUGAGGCUGCGACGUCUCUACAUGACCGAGAGGAGCUGGUGGACGCUGUAUAUGACGAGAUUGAACAGGGCCUGACACUGCUGGGGGCCACAGCCAUCGAGGACAAGCUGCAGGACGGCGUGCCACAGGCCAUUGCAAACCUGGCCAUGGCCGGCAUCAAGAUCUGGGUCCUCACAGGCGAUAAACAAGAAACGGCCAUCAACAUUGGCUACUCAUGUCAGCUGCUGACAGACGACAUGGUGGACAUCUUUAUUGUGGAUGGGAUGGAACGGGACGAAGUGUACAAACAGCUAAGCUCGUUCCGUGAGAGCAUUGCGGGCGUUGUUGCACAUGGUCGAGGUGCCGGAGACUGCUCGGUUGUGCGCUUCAGUGACAACGAUGACGGCCAUGCCUGGGAGCUCUCAGGUGGAGAGAGCUUGGGUGGCUUCGCUCUCAUCGUCAAUGGACACAGUUUGGUGCAUGCCCUGGAAGAGGAUAUGGAGCUGCUGUUUCUGGAGGUAGCCAGCCGGUGCAAAGCAGUCAUCUGCUGCCGUGUCACACCUCUACAGAAAGCCCUUGUCGUGGACCUCGUCAAGAAACAUAAACGUGCUGUCACUCUCGCCAUUGGCGAUGGUGCCAAUGAUGUCAGUAUGAUCAAAAUGGCGCACAUAGGAGUGGGCAUCAGUGGCCAGGAAGGCAUGCAGGCGGUGCUGGCCUCGGACUUUUCGAUUGCACAGUUCCGCUUCCUCGAGCGGCUUCUGCUGGUGCACGGUCGUUGGUCCUACCUGCGCAUGUGCCGCUUCCUCCGGUACUUCUUCUACAAGAACUUCGCCUUCACUCUCUGCCACUUCUGGUUUGCCUUCUUCUGCGGAUUCUCGGCACAGACCUUGUAUGACCCAGUGUUCAUCUCUUUCUACAAUGUCUUCUAUACAUCUCUGCCUGUACUAGCACUGGGUGUCUUCGACCAGGAUGUCAAUGAUGUGAACUCCAUGCGCUAUCCUAAGCUGUUCACGCCGGGCCAUCUGAACCUACUCUUCAACAAGGUGGAAUUCUUGAAAAGUGUCGCACAUGGAGUGAUCUCCUCCUUCGUGCUUUUCUUCAUCCCCUACGGUGCCUUCAGCAACAGCAUUGCACCCGACGGAGUCAACUUGGAUGGGCAUCAGCUACUAGGCACCGCAGUUUCCACCAUCCUCGUCAUUGUUGUGAACGCCCAGAUUGCUCUGGACACAUCGUACUGGACUGUGUUCAACCACAUUGUCAUCUGGGGGUCUGUGGCAUUCUACCUGGCUAUGACGUUGCUCAUCAAUUCUGACUUUGUGGGUAACCAGUUCCUCGGCUCUCUGCGCAUGACACUUGGCUCGGCACAGUUCUGGUUUGUGGCAUUCCUCACGGUUGCCGUACUGCUGCUGCCUGUGAUUGCAUUCCGCUUCUUCUACACGGACGUCUUCCCCACGCUCUCGGACCGCGUGCGGCUCAAGCAGCGGCGGGCGCGCCGACUGCGCCGUGAAGGUGCACCAGAGAGCGGACUAGGCCGCGCCACAAGUGUGCGGCAGGGAAGCCGGCGUCGUUCGGUGCGUUCGGGCUACGCCUUCGCACACCAGGAAGGCUUUGGCAGACUCAUCAUGAGUGGGAAAAUAAUGCGGCGUGCGCGCUCCGGUGGCAACUGGAGCAACUCUCUCCAUGUCCCUCCCACAUUGCCUAAUCAGCCAGACGACACAAGGUCCCCGCCGUUGGUGUGAGGAGUGACUCGUGUGGUGUGGGGUUUUCCCCUUGCAUUUGUGCUUUGCAAGAACAGUGGAAUGCACCGGCAAGCAGUUCUCGUGCUUUGACACAGUGUCUACCCGUUGCAACCUGAUCUGUUCUUGCGCAUCAGUGCAGAUGUGCCGGUCAGGGCCUUAAUACGAUGCCCCAGGAAGCCCCCUUCUGUUUGGUGCGUCCUGGCCGCGCAUGGCGCAGGUGCUGGAGUUGUGCGGUCGUGAUUGCGAUGGCCUCGCUGCUGUUGUGACUGUGAUGAAAUUACCGCAGCAUGCACUCUGCUAGCUCGUGGUGGUGGUGGUGCUGUCUUUGGCACAUGUGGGCAGUGUUGGCCUACUCGGCAUCCAAAUAUUGCGCAACUGCAUACCAAUACCGCUUUAGCGCAAGUGACGAAUCUUCUUGCUUUGUCACUGUUGUUUCCACUGCUGUACUGUCAGAAAAACCUACCUCCCUGCCUGUUAUAUGCUUAUCGCUGUUCAGUCUUAACACAUUGUUACCGGCAAGAGAGCUUGAAUUUGUCAUGUAAUGAACCAGACCACUACAAGGUGAGCAGUAAGCUACAUUUGACAGAAACGCUUUCGUUUCCUUUCUGUGCCUAUAGAGCUUGUUGCGUACUGUCGCAAUGCUUGCAUUGCUUGCAAAAAAUCAAAUACUCGCGAGCGUUUUGAAAACUGGAAUUUUGAUUAGAAGUUCAGUGCUUACAUUUUGCUACUGCAGAGGUUGAUCAAAUGUUUUGUUUCUUGCUGUAGUUUGUACCCCUUUUUCUUUUUUUCUUGGCACGUUGGCUCUCCGUUUUCAGGCAUCAUUUUGUACAGGUUCAGAUGGCAAUAUCAAGAGGAUAUUUUUGAAGAGAGCAAACUUGCCAGCAUUUUUAUAAGGGAACUUGGGAUUUAAUGGGGUUAUCCUGCAGACUACUACUAGUAAUGUGCACUGAUGUGUGACGCUUUACUGCCACGAUGCUUUGAUGAUUUUUACUGUGUGCAGUUUUGCACUUGGCAAAAACUGUCUUCUUUUUUUCUAUGCAUCAUUGAAAAAGGUGGGAAGGAAAGCUUACCAUGUUAUUUAUUUCUUUGUUAUACAUUAUACAAUGUGGAUUUCUUUUUUUAAGCUGUUAUAUACAUGUUAUUUUUUUCUUAUUUUCUGUCCCAAUGGUUUUACACUUGCUUAUCAGUCACUGUAGCAACCAGAUUGUGUGCACGUGUCUGAAAAGUUCUGUUUUGUGCUGUAACGUCCCGAGUGAUGCUGUUAAUUAUUCUAGCAGCCAAGUUGCAGGUGCAAGCCUUCUGAAGGUACCUCUUUCUUGUGAUGAAUGUGCUGAAUGGUGACGACGACUGUGCUUGAAGGAUCAAAGAAUUUACCCAAUUGUGAAUGUCAAGAGCUGCAUCUAUUAUUUCUUAUGAAAGAGUGUGAAGAAAAUGAACUCAUUAUCAUAUUAAAACAUAAUAAGGAACUAUUUCCUGUUUCCAAAAUUACCAGUUAAGUAUGUCUUUUCACUGUACCACCAAUUACGCAUGGUAACAAGUGACAUGUGAAUGAGAAGGAUAUGAUGGAAAGUCGUGACAUGGCGUCAUUUACGUUCAUUUGCUGAUGUUGCCAUGCCACUAUACCGGUGACAUUAUACCAACUCGAAAGUCUACGCCGAUCAGGUGGUUGGUGCUGUCGAGCUGUGCUGAUAGUGCUCAUUUUGUUCCCAUUUGUUUAUUGUCACAACAACCUUGUAUAAUCAACAUGAUCAUUAGAAAAUGUAUGCGGAGUGUUUGUGAGGCUGACUACGCCUACUUGGUCGAGAGACUUGGAACGGCUAACUUUGAGCAAGUGCUGCAUGGUGAAAAGAGCUUUGUAUGGCUUGUGUUGUAUGCAGAAAAGUGAGGCUUCCAGUGUGACCUCUGCUGGAAUUUAGACUUUUAAUUUCUUCAUCUUGUUUCAGUGCGGCCUUUUGUGAAAUGGCUUAGCACGUCCUUGUAGAGCUGCUGGCACAGGUAGCUGAUCCAAAGCAGGCCAAUGAAACUGCAUUGUACCUGCCAACAAACACUUUAUCUGGUGCAAAACAUAAUCAUUAGGAGGACACUAGAUAUCAGUACUAGUGAUGAUGAUGAUGAUGUGUGAAGAAAGACAUUACAAAUCUGCAGUAAUUUUUGUACACUGUCCCAAGCGACUCCUUUUAGAAUAUAAGGCAGGGGGAAACCAGCGAUGCAUUUACUAGUCUCUUUAAAGACUAGAGGGAAACACCACAGUUUUGAUUCAUUCUACCAUGGCACAUUAAAAGAAUAUUCAUGUUGCAAAGAACAUUGUCAGCAAAGUACAAAAGUGUGAUGCCAAUGUGUGUUCUACAGAUUACAUUGAAAGUAGGAAAAUAUUGGAAAUCCAAGAGCGCAAGUGGAGCAAAGAAAUUGUUUAAAGAAGAAACUGAUGAAAUAAAAGGGGGCAUUGUUAUGGCUGCACAGACAGUGAAUGCUAGAGUGCAUUUACUCAGUUGGAAAGUCUACUGGAGUCUCAGAUUAGGACUGUAAAUGAAACUGUCCAUUUACGUAAGUGCACAUGGUGCGUUAGUACGGUCAGCAGAGAGCAACACGUGCUACCACAUCACAGCCUUAAUUUUAUAUCCUGGUUUUAUGCAUUAUAACCCUCAAGAAAGAGAUUUCUUGAAGAAAUUGACAGAUUACAAUAUGACGGUCACAUUUUGUCACUGGACCUUCUGCAUGCAUUGGUCACGCAGAUCGCCCGACCUACCCGAAUGGAUAACCUGAAAGACCUGAGCACUUUGUAACUACCAAGCUAGUUUACACACUGAAAAAUUCUAAAACAUGAGCACGAUUAUAAAAUGGAAGACACACAGUGCACAGCUUAUGCUUUUGUCAUGCUUCUGUUGUUUACAAACGCCAAACAUAACUGCGACCUGCCGAUUCGAAUUUCCCAGAGGCUUGAAAACACACACUAUUUUGUCGGCAAGAUCCGGAGACUGCCGAACGCACCUUACAAAUCAUGUGAACAUGGUAAUGGACUCUUUGAAAAUGUUGCAGUCAACUUUCCUGGACAGAAAAAAAUUCUACCUGUGGCAGCAACAGCGAGGGAAUUCAACCAAAAUUUUGAUGCAGCACUGGCUGCUUUUGAUGUGCAGCGGAUGUAUGCAUUGUCCCAAUAUGUGUAUGCUGCAACCAAUGCACUUAUACCCAUAUUCUCAUACAUUUCUCCAGUCCGAGAGAGUGGAACACAAUGCUGUACGCGUCUGAAGUGGUCGCUGUGCUUCAAUAAUACAUCUCAGCAAUUCUUGCAUAAACAUUUUGUUACUAAAACAAUUUGACUACCAAGCUUCAUCAGCAUCUACUCUACUCGAAGGCAGUAGACUGGGGACACAUCUUUCAAGCAACCCUUCAUUGCUGAAAAUUGCCAAGGAGAACUAUUGAAAUGCAAUGUCUACUUCAGACAAUGGGCCAUAUUGUCCUACGCUUUGUCAAAUCAAGGCUCAUCUAGAGAUAUGGGGGUGCUGUUUCAAGAGUGCUGACAAGAUCGCAUGCCUGUCUUUUAGCACAAUACAAGUAUUAGCACUGAGCAACCAGGUACUCGAACAUACCGCACUGCAAUUGACUCUCAUCCUAGAAAGGGGCUUGCUGCCUUGAAGAAAUUUGCGCUGUGCCGAAAUGCUGUCUUGGAAGUUUUGCAAACCAUCAACACACUUUCCCAAGCGUGCCAAAAUGUGCUCUUGGCAUGACUUUUACAUGACGGGUUGGUUUGUCAGCUUGAAUUUUUUCGUUGGCCCAUUUGUUCAAAUUAGUGGAGAAAUGUGGUUAUGCCAGGACCUGAGGGCCAAUUCUGACUUUAUGACCAGUAGUAACAGAAAUUCUACUUGUCGAGCAAUGUUAAAAAAACAUGUUUUAUCCAAUUUCUCUGCUUCAGUUAAUUUCAGGACGCCUCUAUAUGAAUAAUGACCACAAGCUUCGUGCCCCUGAAGCACUCUAUACUGUGCCCUGUUUUAUUACCUGUCAUUGUCAUCUUUGGUAGUGUUGGUGUUGCCUUAGAUGUCAGCAAUGAAUGCAAGCUCCUCAAAAAAUUUGUUUGGGCAUUUUGCUUACCUCGCACUAGGUCACACUGCCCCAUGGUUUCAAGAUGAAUCCAACAUUCUUUUCUCCUUAAUGACUAAGUGCAGCAAGUUUGUCAUCAAACGAAGUCGCAUCUAAGAUGAAAGUACCUUCGUUACAUGCCGAUAUAGGCGAGAAAUAUUUAGGAUUUACUUCGUUAUAUCCAUGUUCGUUUUAUCAAGGUAAGACUAAAUGCCUUGUGUUGCAGACCAAGCAUUGAAGAAGUACAGACACCUUUUUUCUGUCGCUUUUGCUCUGAAACAUUUACAAGGUAGCUCAUUCACAAGCAAUAUUUACUAUUUGCAGCAUUUUUAUAGAUCACAUAAGUUCAGAUUGUAUUCUUUCACUGUCAAUAAUGCAAUAUUUUGUUAUCGGAAACAGUUGCUGCCUUCUGUGUCUAUGUUCAAAAAAGGGCUAGGAACAGGAUGCAUGUAUGAAUUGUUGAAAAAGACUUGCACAGUCUGUAAAUGCAGUCUCUCAGAAUUGAAUAAUGUGGGACGUGGACAAGUUUUACAUUUCAUGGUGCCAACAGGUACCGCUGUUAUUUUUAUAUGAUGUUGGAAGUGGUACUAAAGUCUAAUACAGUACAAUAUUUCGGGGGCACUUCUCUUGACCCCAUUCAUGUCAGGCCAGGAGAUCUGGAUUUGGGCAUUAAAAGUUGUGUCUGUACUUCUUUUAACAGGAAAUGCACGCAGCUCUAAUCUGGUCUCAUUUAGCGAUUGUUGUGGCCCUGAAUACAACGCUAUCCACGGCAUCCACAAGGUAGCCGGGAUCGUACACACUGUUGUAACUUGUUGAAAAUUUGCAUUUUGUGCAUCCUGUUGCAUUGCACAUCAGACCUAGCAAGAGCACCUUUUAACGUUGAAUGGUGCACCUUGUUGCAUUCAACCCUGGGAUAUUAGUCUAUUUUUCUUGGAGCCAUUUUUCAAAUCGCCAUAUGCACGCAGCUAGUGAACAUGGCCCUUGUUUUGUCAGGGAUUAGUGAGCAACCUCCAGAGGAGAAUGUCUGCUGUUUGUAUGUAUAACUUUGCAAGACGAAAAUCCAGAUAAAAAUGCAGCAUUUUUACAAAGCUCCAGGAAGGCUUUUGGUCCAGGUGGUAAGAACACUGCAAGAGGCAUGCAACCGAAGUCCAAAAGGAUGCCUUGUUACCAUACAUUUGCUGCCUCGGUGAGCUUUGCAUGGCUUAACUGACCAUAUCGUGUGAGCAAUGGAACCAAACGUUGCUCGGUUAAGUACUGCUGGCUGCAGGCUUGCAAGCCUGCAGUGUUUGCGAAGUAACCUACCCUUUCCAUCCAACCUGUGCUUCUUAAAGGCUACCGUUUUCAAUGGAGAUUGUAGUUCGGUCAACCGUGCAACAGGAGGAGGAAUAUAGUGGAUUCAAGGCCACAUAUCAGACAGUAGAUGCAGGCCCCUCUACGGAGUGAAUGUGGUGGAACAGUAACAGAUUUUAGAACCUCGGUCUGUGCAUGGUUGCAACAGGAGGGGACAACAGCUUUGUCAUUCAGCACUAAAACCGGUAACAGUCGGCUGGUUUGCUAACAUUUGCAAAGUCUGGAUUGUCAAGGAUUAAAAUAGUGGUCCUCGGAAAUAUAGAAAAGUUGGGUAAUAGUAGAGAAACUGGAAGGCUGAGUUUUAACCAGUAUGCAUAUGUUUUAGCAUUAGUGUCAACAGAAUACCAAGAAACUGAGAACCUUUCAGCACAUUGCGGUUCGGACAGAGUUAUGAAAGGUCAGAAUUGGCAUGUAUUCCGAUAAAACAUAUACAUACCUGCUAAGACUAACUUAUGCUGCAGCUUGCUGCAGCAUAAACCCUACAAGCAGGGCAGAUGAAUAGUUGGACACCUUUUCCUGCUUUCAAUGGGCAACUCAAACAUCGGACCUUGUCUUCAGGAAUGCAAGGCCAGGCAGUACAGUUUACAUUUGUUAUCGCUGUGCCGUGUUGAUGGCUAAGCUUUGCAAUAUUUUAUUGGAAGUGAAUUUUUUCUUUGCCACCAACAGUUCCAUCCUGUGUCCUGUCUUGCAACAAUGGAGUGCCUUAGUGAGUGCCGCUAGUGGGAAAUGUUCAUUGUACCAAGGCUUGCGCUUGUGUGACCUCAUUACCCGGUGUGGACUACUGAGAGGUGACGUGUGGAGCGAAACCUGUAUCUGUGCUGGUGGCUUUGUUGGGCUUGUGCACAACACAUCAUGGUAUUUCUGCAAGUAAACAACACAAGGAAAAGCAA